AUGACUCAUCAUAUCAUAUGCAGACAAACGUGCCCACUCCAGUGAUUCUGGAAAUCUCGAAAACGUAUUCAAAAUGCCUCAAUCAAUCAAUGAAUACAGCUCCUUCUCCACAUGCAUCGUAGUAUAUAUAUAUAUAUAUAUAUAUAUAUAUAUAUAGUUGUGACUAUCAGUUUGGUGUAGCUUUUUGUUUGAUUGGAAAUAGCCAUGUCAAAGAAGGAUGAAGAAUUUCUAGAUUACUUAACGGACAAUGACUCAGAUGAUGUCGAAGCUAAUAGUGUCAAUAUGAGCGACGAUGAUGAUGAUGAGGAGGAGAAUGCUCCAUUUGCUUCACAGCAAUGGCCCCAAAGUUUCAGAGAGACAAUUAACUCAUAUACAAUUGCCGCAUCACCUAAUUUCGGACUCAUACGACGUGGAUCCAGUAUUAUACCUGAAUCCGAUACUAAAGGAUUCUUGGACUCAGAUUUGAAGACACAUUUGCUCCCUGAAAAGGAAAAAAUUCAGGAGCAAAAUGUUGCAGAUGGAAUCUCAGUAACAAAAGCAUCUUUGUUAGAGAAGGCUUCUUCUUUGCAUGAGCAAUUGACUGGGGAGCUUCCAAUCCCGUAUGGAUGCAGCUUAACUCAGACUGUAUUCAAUGGUGUAAAUGUCAUGGCUGGAGUUGGACUGCUUUCUGUUCCUUGUACAGUGAAAGAAGCUGGCUGGGCUAGUUUGUUAGUGUUGAUGAUUUUUGCAGUCAUAUGUUGGUACACAGCUUCUCUUAUGAAACAUUGCUUCGAGAGCAGGGAAGGAAUCUUAACUUAUCCCGAUAUUGGAGAAGCUGCAUUUGGAAAAUUUGGACGCAUUAUUAUAUCUAUUAUCUUGUACGUGGAGCUAUAUUCAUAUUGUGUAGAAUUUAUAAUUUUGGAAGGAGAUAACCUUACUAGCCUUUUUCCUGGAUCUUCACUGAACUGGGGAGGCCUUAAACUUGAUUCAAUUCACAUCUUUGGGAUUCUGGCUGCCCUAAUUAUUCUGCCAACUGUUUGGUUGAGGGACCUUCACGUAAUAUCAUACCUCUCAGCCUGUGGUGUCUUUGCAACCAUGAUAAUUGUUCUGUGUGUGAUUUUCCUUGGUACGGUGGAUGGAGUUGGAUUUCACAAUACCAGUCAGGUUGUGAACUGGAGUGGCAUUCCUUUUUCUAUCGGAGUGUAUGGUUUUUGUUACUCUGGGCACUCAGUGUUUCCAAACAUCUACCAAUCUAUGGCUGACAAGUCAAAAUUCAAUGUUGCACUUAUAAUAUGCUUUAUUCUGUGCAUUCUCAUAUAUGGAGGUGUUGCAAUAAUGGGGUAUCUCAUGUUUGGUCAAAGUACAUUAUCUCAGAUAACUUUAAAUAUGCCGAACAAUUCAAUUGCUUCAAAAGUUGCAGUAUGGACCACUGUUAUCAGCCCAUUCACAAAAUAUGCGUUGCUGAUGAAUCCCUUGGGAAGAUGCAUAGAGGAAUUGCUGCCCGAGAGAAUCUCUAGUAGUCUCUGGUGUUUUCUUCUCUUAAGGACAGCACUUGUCUUUUCUACAGUAUGUGUAGCAUUUCUUCUCCCCUUUUUUGGUCUUUUGAUGGCUCUGAUUGGCUCUCUUCUCAGUAUACUGGUGUCUGUAAUACUGCCAGCUUUAUGUUACCUAAAGAUCAUCGGAAAGAAAGCAACAAGGACACAGAGGGUGUCUAGCAUCAGCGUUAUUGCACUUGGGAUUGUAAGUGCUGCUCUUGGAACUUACUCCUCACUGUCAGGAAUCGCGAACAAGUAUUGAAGUAAAGCCUAACUACACACACCCCAGACACCCUUUUGCUUAGGGUGGGGGUGGACAUGUUUGCCAUAAAGCAUUCUUAUUUACUGUCCUCUACUUUUGAUCUCUUUCCCAAAUAUUAUCCAUCUUCUUCUCAGUUUAAACUUUAUAGUAACUUUACGACCCCCUAUUGCUUUAUAAUUAUGGGUAUCUUUCUCAGUGUGUAUUAGUUGCUAGUGUUUCAAGUAGAAAGUAUAUGUCGCACUAAAGACUAAAACCAACAUAAACUAGGAUGUUGAGUUGAUUAUAAUGGAUAUAUAUCUUUUAUUCCCUCA